GGAGGAGGAGGAGGAGGGAUGAAAUAAAUUGUUGUUUUUUUUUUAAUUGGAACGAUCUGAUCUGCCCGAAAAUGUCAUCCUGUUGGAAUAGCCUGGAACCAGCCCGGACAUUGUGUACUGCUGCUCACUCACACUCACCCCAACAGCUGCCAGGCAAUGGAGUGUCAGUAGAUUGGAGGAGAACUUCAGGUGGAAGCGAGCACAUUCUCGGGAGCUGCUCCGAUCAACCCUAAGCUCUCCGAGCCUGUAAAUCCCGACAUUUGGAUGACCAUGGCCAGAUCCACCUGGGACACCUUCAAGUCCUAUCUCCGCAAAGGCGAUGGCACGAGUCAUCUGACCAGUGACACGGUCACCCUGGAUUUCUCCGAUGACAUGGUGGAGGAGGAGGACGACCUGCCCAAAUUCGGCAACGCCAACCAACUCCGAGUGGUCGCCUCCGACAUGUUUAGCGAGAUUGCCCACGUGCCCACGCUGGUUUGUAACGGGAGCUCCGUGCCCAGUGUCGGGAACCCAGACCCGCAGCAGCCCUAUGACGGCUUGCUGUCCUUCGAGUCCCAAGCCGGGCUUCAGAUCCCCAAAGCAGAUGCGGUGGAGAAAUGCGAUGGUUGCACUAAAACUAGAGAGUUGAUGAGGCAAAGGACCGUGAAGAGGAAACUCUGGAUUGCCAUAACUCUCUACGCUCUAUUUACCAUCGGAGAGUUCCUGGGUGGCUUUCUCUCCAAUAGCCUGGCUGUUAUGACUGAUGCUGUGCAUAUGCUGGCGGAUGUUCUUGGAAUUGCUGCCUCUCUUUUCGCACUAUACCUCUCUGGAAGGUCUCCAAGCAAACGGUUUACCUUUGGCUGGCACCGGUUUGAGGCUAUGGCUGCCAUCAUCAGUGUUAUUCUCAUCUACUGUGUGACUGUCUGGCUUGUGUUUGAAGCCAUACAGAGGACGAUACACCAAGAUUUCGAGAUCAAUGCAGACGUGAUGAUCAUCAUAGCUGCGGUCGGAGUAGCAGUUAACAUCAUAAUGGGCUUUUUGCUCAACCAGUCAAGUCACUUGCACUCUCACUCUCACUCGCACUCGCACGGGCUGUCAGGACAAACUGUGCGCGGAGGUCAAGGGAGUGCUCACGGACACAAUCACAGCGCAGGCAGCUUGGCAGUAAGAGCAGCUUUCAUCCACGCCCUGGGGGACUUGUUGCAGAGUGUUGGCGUGCUGGUCGCUGCUUACAUCAUCCGAUUUAAACCAGAGUACAAGAUCGCUGACCCAAUCUGUACUUACAUCUUCUCUUUCCUCGUGCUGUGCACAACAUUACGAAUCCUGCGGGACACUGGGAUCAUCUUCUUGGAAGGUUCUCCGAGUCAUUUGGACGUCCAUUGCAUACGGGAUCUACUAAAAAUCGAGGAUGUUUACUCUGUCGAAGAUCUAAACGUUUGGUCUCUGACUGUGGGCAAAACAGCAGCCAUUGUGCACUUAAAGCUAGUUCCAGAGAGUUUCUCCAAUUGGGAAGAGGUUCAGUGCAAGGCUCGACAGAUAUUGAUGAACACCUAUGGGAUGCACCAAUGCACUGUGCAGCUGCAAAGCUAUAGAGACGUUGGUAACAAUCUUUGCACUAAAUGUAGGGUUUCAGACAAUCAAAAUAUCUGAUUUCACAACUUUUGGAGGGUCAACAAAUAGCACGAAGACUAGUAUCCUUUUUAUAUAUACCUGCAGUUUGCUCAAACAGCCUCCAGCCAUCAUAAAGUCAGAGCAAAACCUAAUACCAAAUAGAUGGCUGUACAACAGAAAACACUACAUUGCUCUACGGAAACUACGUGACUGCUCUCUCUUGGCUGAGGAUUAUUUUUCCUUCCUCGAUUCUGCUCACGCUGGACUUUUCUCGGUUGAAAGACCUGCAAAUCGUUGGCCAUUGCCAGUUCCCCAACAAUAUGAUCAAUAUUUUUUACCUCCAAGAAUUGUUCAGAAGUGGCCUCGUAGGACUUUCGACGUCAACGCACGUGUGUCAUAAAUAUGCGUGAGGGGUGAUAUAUAAAUGCAAGUUGUUGUUGUUGGUCGGAACUUUUUCUUUUGUAUUUUUCCCCCCAAUUUCAUUUGCACUUCACCGCCAUUUUGCUUGUACAGCAACUUCUUGAGCAAGUGAGGAACCGUGAAGACAUUUACUGUUCCUGGGCCCUUUUUUCAUCCGAAUCUUGUGAUCUUGUUUACUUGAGUUUUGAGACAAGCAUGAUGUUAAUUCAGCAGAAUAUCGGAGUGAUUAGGACCUGUGGCCUCCAGCUAAAGUGAAGCAUUUCUUAAAUACUAUCAUUUAAGAACUGUUUCCUCUGGCGGGUGGAUCAGUAAGCAGAGGACAC